CCUUCGUGAGAUCCGUCGUUACCAGAAGUCUACCGAGCUGCUCAUCCGCAAGCUGCCCUUCCAGCGCCUCGUACGAGAAAUCGCCCAGGACUUCAAGACCGAUCUGCGCUUCCAGUCCUCCGCUGUGAUGGCCCUCCAGGAGGCUUCU